CCUCUUGAUCUUCACUUGGUGAGUAUGGAGAGGCACACAGACGCCACCAUGAGCACAAUGGAGUGCACCUGGUCGGAAAAGAUCUCCGGCGAUCGGAAAAGAGCCAUCGACGAGCUGCUUCGAGGUCGCUCCUUCACCAAGCAGCUUCGCAGCGUCCUCGUCGGAGAGGAUCAACAGGAGUCGGCCCAGGAUCUUCUAGUGAAAAUCUCGAGGUCAUUCACCAACACUCUUUCUAUAUUGAAUUCCGGCGAGUCCGACGAGGCCGUCUCACAGAUUCCGGCGAGUGGUCAGCUGUAUUCGCCGGGUUGGCAUGGCCGGAGGUCGGAGGAAUCUUGCGAGAGUGGUAAGAGUUCCACCAAGGAUCGCAGGGGCUGUUACAAGCGAAGGAAGAAUUCGCAAUCUUGGGUCAGAAUCACCCCUAAUUUUCACGAUGACGGUUAUGCCUGGCGAAAGUACGGACAAAAAGUUAUACUCAAUGCUAAACAUCAAAGAAGCUACUAUAGGUGCACCCACAAGCAUGACCAGGGCUGCAUGGCAACCAAACAGGUUCAGAUGACUGAAGAUGAGCCCCCAAAGUACAAAACCACAUACCACGGCCAGCACACAUGCAAAAGCAUGCUGAAGUCAUCUCAGAUUAUGGUGGAAAAUUCUACUGCAAGAGAUUCUUCCUUUCUGCUCAGCUUUGAAUCAAACAAUCAAGAUGAUAGCAACGCCUUUUUCUCAUCAUUCCCCUUGAUAAAACAAGAGGAAGAGAUCCCCAAUGAUGAUCAGGAGGUGACCUACAAUAACCAUACCAAUAACAACAACAAGAACAACUCCUCAUCCUCUGAUUAUCUUCUGUCACUGGAGCUCACCACAUUUGAAUCCAAUCUGGGGUCUGAUCAUGGCGAUGUCCUUUCUGGGGUUAACUCUUCUUGUACGGACAGCACUCACAGUUUGGAUGAUAUGAUGAUGGACUUUGAUGAUGUUCUUAUCGGUUUUGAGUGUUAGUGUUAGUGUUUUUUUUUUUUCCUCAGCUGUAAUGUAGAAAGAGUGAAUUGAUCAUCUCCAGAAUAAGCUGUAAAAUAAUGGAUGGAGCCUUUAAUUUUAUGAUUUAUGUGUGUUCAUAGUA